GGGAUGUUUCAACUCUGGAGCAACGAGGUGCCAGCCGGCUCUGGGCUGAGUGCCCCCGCCAUGGCCUUCGGGCUGCCCAAGGCGCAGUACCCCGGGCACGGGGCCCCGGGCUCCCACGAGCUGCCCCUGACCCCACCAGCCGAGCACACCUACUCCUUCGAGCUGUCGCCCGUCAAGGUCCUGGCUCCCCAGGGGCCGCCCGGCUCCGCCUACCACUUCCCUGAGGCUCAGGACUUCCCCAGCUUCUUGCAGAGCUCCGGCGGCAUGGCCCCCCGGCCCCUGGGCCCCGGGCCCCCCAGCGCCCCAGCUGCCGCCCCCCCGGGGGGCCAAGCCGAAGAUGCCCCCUGGUGGAGCCUGCAGCAGCCCACCCCGAGCCACCUGCCCGCCUUCCACCUGAGCCGGCCCCUGAUGCUGGGGCCACAGCCCCCGCUCCCGGCCCUGCUGGCCAGCUCCCCCAAGGGGCUGCUGGCCCCGGCCCGGCGCUGCCGGCGCUGCCGGUGCCCCAACUGCCAGGUGGGUGCCGAGGAGCCGGGCAGGAAGAAGCAGCACGUGUGCCACCUGCCGGGCUGCGGGAAGGUCUACGGGAAGACGUCCCACCUGAAGGCCCACCUGCGCUGGCACGCGGGCGAGCGCCCCUUCGUCUGCACCUGGCUGUACUGCGGGAAGAGCUUCACCCGCUCGGACGAGCUGCAGCGCCACCUGCGGACUCACACGGGCGAGAAGCGCUUCGGGUGCCAGGGCUGCGGGAAGCACUUCAUGCGCAGCGACCACCUGGCCAAGCACGUCAAGACCCACCAGGGCAAGCGGCCCAAGGGCCGCGGGGCCCAGCUGGGCCCCGUCAAGCAGGAGUGA